AAAAAAAGAAAAAAAAGAAAAAGAUCUCACUUUAUAAAAUUGAGCGGGAGAUUGAUGAUUUGUAAGAAAAGUGAUACCACCAAGAGUUUCAAAAAGCUCACAUAGAAGGUGCUUGAUAUGGAUUUGCUAAAGUUGGAGGAAAAGUAAAACAUGAAGAAGAGAAAAUUUUUGUUUACCUUGUAAUACUUGGACCGUCUGGAAGUAUUAAAUCUCAACAGAAACUAUAUGGUUAGCAUACCUGCAGACAUCAGUAGACUUUCUAAUCUGAAAGUUCUUUUGGUGAGGCAGUGUGAGCAACUUCAAAAAAUUCCGAAGCUUCCACCAAGCAUAAAAUUAUUAGAUGCCUGUGAUUGCACAUCCCUGGUGUCUUUACCGACUCCAUCUCGGAUAAUAAGCCCACAAAACUGGUUGGUUUCCACUUGGCUUCGUCCUGUGGAAUUCAUGCUAUGGAAUUGCUCCGGACUAUAUCAGGAUCAUGUGGCAAUGGCAUUAGAGACACUUCAUCAGGAACUUUUUCCAGAAAUAGGAUACAGUAUUGUGAUUCCUGGAAGUAGGAUUCCAAAGUGGCGCUGGCAUGAGAAUAUGGGAGCUUCAGUUUCAGCAACCCUGCCUCCACAUUGGCUUGACAAUAACUUCUCGGGGGUUGCUCUAUGUGCUGUGUUUGCACUUGAGGAGGGCGAAACUAUUCAGCGGCCUGGUGAGAUUCGCUGUAAUUUUGAAUGCAGGGAAGGGCCUUAUUUCAGUCAUUCCAUCACUUGGACACACAGUGGAGACCGAGUUGUUGAGACGGAUCACGUGUGUAUGAUGUAUCAGCCUCGCACUCAAUUUGUCAAAUCAAAGUCUACCCAUGCCAGUGUGUUCAAGCACAUCAAGGUUUCUUUUAGUCUAUCAGGGGCAUCCCAUGAGGUGAAAAAAUCUGCGAUCCGUCUUAUGUACGCCCCAAAUACAAGUGGUAACAAAAGAAAAUUCCUCGCAGCCCCAAAUACCGACAUUGAUUUUAGGGAUACUCAUAUAUUAAAAAAAAAAAAAAAAGGAGUGAAAGAAGAUCAAUAGUUUUGGUCCCUUUAAUUGCCCAUUAUCUUUAACUUCUUAUGGUAGGUCUCUCUAAAUUAUAACAAAUUGAAAAGAGAAAAUUGAGAGAGAGAGGUCCCUUGAGAACUUUGAUUCAAAGAGUUGGAAGAAAAUAAUAGGGUUUACCGUGUUCUACAAUUGAAAUGUGUGGAUUAAUUCUUUUAAGAGAACUUUGAUUCAAAGAAUUAGAAAAAAAAUUUAGUAUUUACUGUGUUCUACAA